AUCAACUCGGAGGAAAAUACGAACAAUUUUUGAAGUUGAACAAUUCAUUUGAGAUAGUUAUUUUCAGUGGCAAUUAGGCGAAAAAAUAUUUGACGACAACGUUUUUGUUUAAAUGAACCACCGUCACAUUGAAUUGGGCCAUCGUAAAAGUGUAUCCAAAAAUGAGUAGUGAAUCACACGGUAAAAAAGACAAAGCUGAAGCCACAAGCCAAAAGCCAAAUGACGAUGCCAAACUAAACGAUGACCAACUGCCUAUUGCAGCCCCUGUUGCCCAAGAAGAUGUGUGCGAAAUCUUCAAGCUCGAUGUUGACUGCUGCGAAGAAUUAUUUGAGUGGUUGUCGAUCGCAGAUCUGCACUCAUUCAGCCAAACGUGCAAACGCAUGCAACGAAUCGCUGGCAUGUUCUUCCGACAAAAUUAUCCAAACGCAAGAAUGUCAAGUCGUCCUGAUGGCCUUUAUGACGGAUACGACACUCGAGUGAAUGGUUUCGAUGAAUUUAUAGAAGAUAUAGAGAUUGAAUUUAAUGAAAACAGUUUGAAUCAAUUAGCUUACAUUGCAGCAAAUUGCAAAUCAUUAAGAAAAAUUGAAUUCUGGUCUCAAGAUCCAAUCAUUUCAGGCAGACUCCGUUUGAUAAGCGAUGUUUUGGCUAAAGUUAAGAGCUUAUUUAUUUCUGGUGAGCAUCCUGACGACUCCAUUCUUGAUUUUUGUCCAAAUUUGAAGCACCUCAUAGUUUGUUGGAAAAAUACUGAUUGGCUGUUCAAACUUAACAAGUGUCCAAAGCUUGAGCAAAUCAGUUUGAUGGGGCUUAAUGAACAGGUGCUGGUGAAUGUGGAAGCGAUUUUCACUCAAAAAAGCAUUCGUACUGUGGAGAUGAAUACGGAAUUUCUUAUGACUAACAAAGAUGCACUUGAUAUCAACGUGAAAUUGGAUAAUUUGAUCAUUGAUUUUUGUGACAAUCCAGAAGAAGUUACAUCGGUCUGCGCUAUUUUGAAUAAGCUCCACGAGCGAGGCUUCUACAAGCGAUUGCAUUUCAUUAAUAUGGAUUAUGUUGACCAACAAUUGAUCGACGAAGUGGUUUCAUUACGUGCACUUGAAACUCUUGACAUCGGCGAAGUAGAAGAAGGUGUCGUUUGGCCAGUCAUGCAGAAUGUGAAAAAAAUUUCGGUGGGCGAUUUGAGUGGAUUCGAUUUAACCACACUCCCAUCGAAACUACCAAAUUUGCAAUGGAUUUGUUUACCCAAUGAUUCUAUGGAAGCGAUUAUGCCUUUCAUUGGUGGCUCAAAACAAUUAUCGAGAAUUAAAAUGGGGUGUUCAAUUAGCAGACGAUCAUCCAAAAAUAUUCUCCAUCUGUCGGCAUUGGCCAAGGAACGUGAAAAAUUGAUUGGAGCGUGCAAAUUGACCAUUUAUGUUGUAGAAGAAAUGUUCCUGAAAACCAAGUUUGCGAUUGGCACGAGUCGCAGGUUGAUCGAAAUCAAACGUUUCGCAUCGUUGAAAUGGAAUGAAUCGUAUUAUUGGUACCUCACUUAAGCAGAAGGAAACAACCCAACAAACUAACCAUACUAACACACGAUAGCAUAAUCAUAGAAGAAACACACAUGAAAUCACACCACACCAAAUAAGGUAGAAAUUUC